AUGCCAUCAUCCUCUGAUUGUCUCGAAUUCACCUUGUCGAAUACUUUCAACAACAACAAGACAAUUGGCAUGUCAACAACCUCUCAAAUUGAUGAUUCAAUAGUCUUGACUUGUUGUUUGAAUGAUGAAACAACAACAAUUCGAAAGGAAAACAAAACCACUCUCCCCGAAGACUCAACCUCUGAAUUGCAACAACAACAACUUUCUCUUCCUAACAUCAUGUUAGUGAAUGGAACAGAUCAGCUCUCCAUUAUUGAACCACAACCACAGCAACAACCACAGCAACAACCACAACAACCACAACAUCCAAAAGAGUGCUCCGUGAUGACAUUCACAUCAAGUUCAUCGAAGAAGGAGGAUAAUGAAAUUUCAAAAUAUCCGCCUCAAGAAUGGAAACAUUCCUUCUUAAAUGCAUGUUCACAAGGAGAUUUAAUUGAUUUUACUGCAUUGUUACACUUUUUGGAUACCAUCAGAAAUCAUUCUGUCAUUGCAAAUACAAGUUAUUACAAUGUGAAUGUGUUGGAUGACAGAAAACUGUCAGGUCUUCACAAAGCAUCUGCUGCGGGACAUAUUGCCAUUGUAAGAGAAUUACUCACAAGAAGUGACAUUAACACCCGAGUUGUGGAUGCAACACUCGCAACUCCAAUGCAUUUCGCAGCAGCAGCUGGCCAUGUUCUCAUUGUUCAGCUUUUAUUUCAAUGCGCAAAGGAAAUGACAGAUGCAAGAGACAUUUAUGGAAAUACCCCUCUUCUAUUGGCCAUGCAAAGUGGAAAGCAUGAUACGGUAAGAUUUUUGUUGAGUGUCUUACCCACCAAUUCCAUUCGAACGAAAAAAUCGACAAAUUCUCGAACUUUAUUACACAUUGCAGCUGCCAAUUUGGAUUUGGAAGGUAUCAAAAUGCUGUUGAUGGAUCGAGAUGAUUUGGAAAAAGAAAGACAACGAUCACGAAUCAAAGACAAGAGUAGAGAAGAGGUCUAUUUUGAAGAAGUAGUGUUCCAUGAGGAGGUUGAUGAUUUAGUCUACAGAGAGACCGUUGAAGAUAUGUGUAAAAGUCCUCCCACAUGUGACACUUUAAUUUCCUCAAAAAUCAUUGGAAAAGACAAAGAACGAUCGAAAACAUGUGACACAAUCAUUCAAAAAUUGAGUUCACAUGGUAAGGUUCUCAUUCAUGCAAAGGAUGAGAAUGGUUGCACGCCUCUCAUGGUGGCCAUUAAGGAAUACAAGAGCUGUCAUUCGAAGAGUUCUUCUUUUGAGAAAAUUUCAUGUCUUAACUUUUUACUCUCUGCCGAAAGUGUCAUGAAUCAGAGACAAGAACAUUCUCAAGCACCUUUGACAGGUGUCAAACAUCAUGUAGCGACAGCACUCACCUUAUUAGUCGAUCAAUCCAAGAGAACUUCACUUCAUUUGGCUGCGUUGUAUGAUUGUGUGGAUUUUUUCAGAAUUAUUGCUCUCACAUUUGACCGUGACACUUUUUCAGAGUUACUUUUAAUCAAAGACUCCAACGGUCAAACUCCAGUGCAUUUAGCAUGCAAACAUGGAUCUUUAGAUAUCAUGGAAAUUAUCUUGGCGAUGAGCUUUCCUCCUCGAGUGGUGAUCAUGUCUGUACGACAAGGAAAUUCUUGUAAACGACAACAACCACACUCUCUCGAAAUUGGUCACGAAGCAACUGACGCACUACCAACCAUGUGUUCGUCUUCGUCGAAUGUAAGCCCACCUUCUCCUAAAAGAACAUUGUCACCACCUUCCAGUCCGUCUUUUUUAACUUGUCCUUCCAACUCAUUGGUCCUCUCGAAUGAUAGACUUGGCAAAUCUUGUCCAACUUUUAUAUGUGAACAUCCAGUACUGAGUGCAAGAGAUGCCAAAAACAAGACACCACUCUACUAUGCAGCAACAACGUUGGCUCGAUACUACAAACAGCGUUGUACUUCUCCUUCAUCUGCAUCGUCGAGUGUUUUAUCUCCACCUAAUUUACCUCCCUCUAAUGAUCAUGAUUCUUCUUCUCACAUGACAUCAUCCAAUUCUGCAAUAACAACAACAAGCUCACUAAAAGUGACACAACCAAAAGGAGACAAAGAAGUGCUAGUUUCAAUGAUUUAUGAAAUGUUAAUGAGUGGAUUGAUUUCUCCUCAAUCAGAGUUGAGGGAAGAUCACCACUCAAAUGCCACUACCACUUCCUCAACGACAGCAAAGAGUUCCAACAAUUCUUCUUCAACGGCAUACGAUGUGUUGCUCAAUCAAACAGAUUUCUUUAACACUUAUCCUCAAUUCAAAGACUGGUUUUUGAGCAAGCAACAACCUCUGGUUUCUUCUCCUUCCAAGUAUCGACAACGAUUCAACUCAGAUGAUCAAGCUUCUGCCACGACUCGUCUUUCACGAUCAGCUUCAGGUACUGUAUUCAAGAAGUUGACUCUAUUUCAAAGCAGCUCCCUCGCUGAAGAUGUGGAUCUUCGUCCAAUCAGCCCAAUGAAACGAAUGCAAACUCACAAGUAA